CCCCUGCAUGCGGAAGAUUAUCUUUACCAUUUUGUUUGAUGCGCAUCAAUUUUGUAGAGUGCGUAAGCGCUGGACCAUUCCCAAGACUCUUACUGCGGAAACGCGACCUGGAGAGCGCUCUCCCAGCUCCUGUCGGCGGAUUUUUUCAUUCUUCAUCAACACUUUCACAACCUUCCCAUUCUCUUACCAAGUCGAAACCAUUUACACGACAUCUACCUCUCAACGCGAAGACGCUAUACGCAAAGCCUUCGCCAACGCCCCCUCUCCCCACUCACCGAGCUCAAACCACCCCAGCAACGCCCACAACAGUUCAGCAUGCCCGUACCACGCCGCUCCCAGACCACACUCACUUCUUCGAUCCCCCACCACCUACAACAUCCUCACAACUCCUACAUUACCCAGCCUCGCAGCCAAAGAAGCGCACUCUCAUCCGGCUCAUCAUAACCAUACCCACUCGGCACGCGUACGGCGCGUCUCGACGUCCGCUCUCGCGGCCAAGAGCAAGCGCACAGCGUGCACCUACAAAAAGAAAACCGCGACAAGCAGCGGGAUGCCGUGACUUGGGUGUUGGCGCUCGAGAACGGCGGGGUCGGGUUCGCCGGAGGACUUGAGAAGCGCGUACAAUUGGGGAGGUCAUUG